AGUCAGACAGGAUACUCACAGAGAGGGGAGAUCCUUCACACUGAAGAGGAGAGAAUCACUGCAAAAAUACACUUCUCUCAUUUUUACCAUUUGAGACAAACAUGAAUCCUGCAAUCCAGUGCAUCGUUCUUCUGGCCUGCAUCUCCAUCUGCUCCUCAGCAGCAAUUAAGAAUUGCCAGUGUGUAAGAACAAGCCUGGCAAUAAGACGCUAUCUCAUCAUUGAUGUGAAGGAGGAGCCCCCUCGUCCAUAUUGCAGCAGGUCCGAAGUGAUAGUCACCCUGAAAGAUAAAAGGAAGGUCUGUCUUGACCCCAAGUCACAGUUCACCAAAAUACUCCUGCAAACCUCAAGAAUGAUAAAGGCAUCUCAAAACCCUUCAAUAACAGCCACUGCAGCAACAUCAUCUGUCAUAAAGCAGUGACAUUAAGGCUGCUCUUAUCAUGAUUGUUUUUUUUUUUUGUUGUUUGUUUUUUUGGUUUUGUCUAAACAACAUUGUUUGCACUAGAAGCUAAAACUAAAUUAAUCAUUUGAGGCAAUAAGAGUCUUUGUUAAGACUGAAUCCCUGGUUAAUCAGCAAACUGUUAGUGAAUUAAUAGGUUGUUUGGUAUUUAACUAAUGAAGGUUAAUGGCUGUUGUUGAUAAUGGUAUUUAUAAGUAAAGCCUCUGGGUUAGCGCAUCAUUCCAUAUAUAUUUUUUGAAGGAUGUAAUUAUUUUUAUCACGUCUUUUUUAACUCAUAUAUAUAUAUAUAUAUAUAUGGGUAUAAGUAUGUGGCAUUUUUGUUUUUUAUGGCAUUGUAAAUUAUAACUACUUGAUGUUCAUUGGCAAAUUACAAUAAAUGCAAAUCUGUAUAAACA